AAACGCUGUCAUUUUAAGCAAGAGACGCCGACGAAAGGUACAACAAACUAACUGCGUCUGUGCUCCCAAAUUUCAAUCGUUGUCAUCAGAAUGGCUGGUCCCAAAACGUUUUUUGCAGUUCUAGUGAUAGUUUGCCACGUCCACGCGAGCUAUAGCGCUAGCUUAGCUGAAAACGUCGUAGAAGCAGGGCGAAAUGAUGAAAACGAUCUUCCUAGAAAUGGGGGUUGUAAACGUGGCUUUCCAGAACAAGACGCCGGGUGGAGAGAAAUUGGAACGGGAUGUGUUGGUUCAAGAGGUAACCAUUUUGCACUUCUGACAUACAAGGAAACCUCUGGUUUUGUUAGUGCAUUUAGGCUGACUCACGUCCGUGGAAGAAUCGGAUGCUCUGCAGGUGCUCGAACAAAUUGGGGAUGUAAUAGUCGUCACCGCACUAAUAUGUAUGUCACAGAUAUUAACAACGUGGUUAUGUAUCCGUCUCCUGUAUUAACCAAGCCUUAUCAAAAAGGUGGUUGGUAUCACCUACCUGGCUAUGACGAAAAUUCACCUAAGCUGGUGUUUUCAGAUGUUGGCACAAGGUUCAUUUAUUCAGGCCAACAAAUUCGAGUCUGGUAUGGUGAAGAUCUUUAUGGUUAUACAGAGGCUGACAACCAUGGACUCACGUGCUUCAAGGCUGAACUUUAUUUUCUUCCUUAGCCCUUUCUUAUAGAUCAAUGCAGACUCGUUUAUAUUUGUUGUUACGUAAUUGGUAAAGGCUUUUGUUUUGUGUGUAAUUUCUCAAUUUUUUUCAUUCGAAAAAAUAAUACAUUUUCAUUAUAAGGAUUA